GUGAAAGUUUUGACAGUGACAUUGUUGGCUGAUAUCUGCUGAGGACACAGAGAGAAAGAGAGUUUUGAAGAAUGUUUGAAGAAUCACUAAUCAAGUGAAAGGUGACCAUGGACAAAAAUCACCAUAAAUUAAGCUCAUACUGCAUAUUCCAAUCCACUACUUGAGUCAGUAUGAAUGGUCCCUUAAGUCCCAGACGGGAACCAGGACCUGACCUCUCCUGUCUGCACCUAUACAACGAGUGGUUGGCAUGUAGGCAUGAGUCCAGUCUCCUGCCCAUGAAAGAAGAUCUGGCCAUCUGGCUAAAUAGGAUCCUUGGUUUGGAUAUAACAGUGGAUAACUUCAUGGACAGACUAGACACUGGUGUCGUCUUGUGUCAGCUUGCAGAAGCGCUACAGGAGAAAAUGAUUAUGGCCAGCAUUGGCAAGCCCUUUAUUCGGCGCGUGGUUCGCUGGCGGCCUGAUGCAGCCUCUGGAUCGUUCUUUGCUCGGGACAAUACAGCUAACUUUCUUUUCUGGUGCCGUAAAAUUGGGGUUGAGCAAUCACAUCUGUUUGAGUCUGAAGAUCUUGUUCUUCAGAGGCAUCCGAGGGAUGUGUGCUUGUGUCUCAUGCAACUUGGCAGAAUUGCUUCAAGGUAUGGCGUUGAGCCGCCUGCGUUGGUCAAGCUUGAGAGAGAGAUUGAGAAAGAGGAAGAUGAGUCUCUGUCACCGUCCAUGUUCUUUGCCUCACCUCUGCCGUCUCCCUCCACCCCACCUGUUUUUUUCCCUCCUGAUCCAGAGCCCCCUGCAAUCUCAACCCCCUCAUUCAUCUCUCCUCCUUCCCCUCCUCUGGCCCCUACCCCUCCCCCAGAGUCCACAUCCAUCUUCUCUGACUCAAACACCCAGUCAGAACCUCAGCAAACUCCACCAACUACACCAUCACCCAUCAGAACACCCGUCAAAUCAAAGCCACCCUCUCCGACAAACAGCCUUGCCAAGUCUAAUGGGAAAAAGAGCAGCGGUAACCUGCUGGAUGAGAUUGUGAGGGAUAUAUCAGAGGAUCCACCAUGCAAAUGUCCAGUCAAAUUCUGCAUUGAAAAGCAGCCAAAAGGCCAUUAUCGUGUCGGAGACAAAGUUCUCUAUGUCAGGAUGUUGAAUGAUAAACAUGCCAUGGUGCGUGUUGGUGGUGGAUGGGAGACCUUUGGUACUUACUUAUUAAAGCAUGACCCGUGCAGGAUGACCAUGAUCGCCCGGCCUGGAACCAAAAUAUGCAAGCCCAGCGGCAGGUCCCCAGUCAAGAGAGAGCUGUCUCGGGACAGUUACAUGGUCGUGGGUACUCACUCCCGCUUUAAGAAGUGAUGUGACUGUAGGCUGAUUUAGUUUUUCUAGGGAAGCAGCCCAGGUGGCUUGAUCUUAUUUGAGGGCAGUAGUCCUGGGCCUUUUUGGUCAUCAUCAUGACUCACAAAUGUGUCUGAUAGAGUCACAGACAGCUUAUCAACUAUUCUGAGGAUGCAAUAGAUUCAGCCCAAGGUAUGCCAAUGUUGCUUAUUGAUCAAUCUACACUUAAUGAUUAUAUUAAUGAAUUUCUGAGUUUUGUUUUUGUAUGAUACACAAUUUUGGUACUGGGCUUGGGUCACCAUUUGAAGUCCAAUGUAAAAUCUGCCAUGAUGCAAAGGAAUAUUGAUCUUUGCGGUCUUAUAUAGUAGACUUAUAAACAUGUGUUCUUUUUGUUCAAUAUAAUAUAUUAUAUUAUAUUGAACAAUAUAUAUUAUAUAUUAUAUUGA